CAGACCCCUACACCCCCAACAAGACCCCAUUACCACUAAGAGGGUAUGUUUCCUCAGUUCACAGGGCACUGGAUGGUCAUCAACAGCCACACUUUUAAAACCUUUGAUGCCCUUCUAGAUGCUCUCUCCAAGAAAGUGCCUCUUCCAUUUGGGGUAAGGACCAUCACAACACCCAGGGGAACACAUGUUGUCCACACCCUUGAUGAUGUGCAGGAUGGGUGCUCUUACAGUUAUCUGUGCUCAGAUCAGAAGAAAGUCAAGUCUUUCGACUUGGAUGAGAUUCAUAAGAGACAGGUCCCUUGGAAGACAACCAGACCUGCCAGUGCGGGAUAUAAAGCAUGCAGAGAACUGGUCCGGCAGCUAGCAAAGAGAAAUGAAGUGACCACACAAGCAGGAAAAAUGGCAGAAAACACAGUUCUAGUACGGACACCAAAAAGAGUGACAGUUUACAAAAACAGGGAUCUGAGUAUGAAGCGAGUAAUUGUUCUUCAUAGGAGAAUAGCCACAAAUUUUGAAGCUCUUUUGGAUUAUCUUUCUCAAGUGAUGCAGUUCCCAGUUGUGAAGCUUUACACAGAAGAUGGCAGAAGAGUUGAAGGGCUUCCUGCCCUCAUCUUGGGCUCUGGGAUUGCUGUGGCAGCUGGUAACGAACCCUUCAGAACAGGAAACUACAAUCUUCAAGCUCCCACUAAAGUCAUUCAAGGAUUUCUGAAUCUUUGCAUCCAACACAAACUGAGACACAUUUAUGUGAGCCUAAAUGAUUAA